AUGCGAGCAACAGAACUAGAAACUGGUCUACCACCUAUUGGUAUGGAAGGUGGAAGUGCGAAUAUAUCAGAUAAAUUAACCAAUCUACAUAUUGAUAUCAACAAAAUUGAUGAACCUGAAAGUAGACCUUUACAAGGUGGUAUGAGUGUAUCACAUUGGUUAGGUACUGUUAGAAGUAAUCCAUUAUUAGAUCACAGGACUACGAAAGAAUUACCUAGUUCUUCUGAAGUCGUCAUCAUCGGUUCUGGACUAUCUGGAGCAUUAGCAGCUUUGAACUUGCUCGAAUCAGAGAAUCCACCUAAAUCAAUCUUGAUGUUGGAAGCAAGGGAAUUGUGUUCAGGUGCAACGGGUAGAAAUGCAGGUCAUUGUAAACCUGAUAUCUGGAGAGGUUAUAUUGAGUACUCGAAAAGGUUCGGCAGUGAACAAGCUCUGAAGAUCUUGGCGAAUGAGAAGGAAACGAGGGAUGCUUUGGUCAGGUUCGUUACUGACAACAAUGUCGAUUGUGAAGUCUGGAAUGGUAAAACAUUCGACGUCAUGAUGGAUCCUGAAGUGGUAGCUAAAGCUGCUAGAAGCAUGGAGGCUUUUAAAGCUGCUGGAGGUGAUGCCAGCUCAAUAGAUGUCAUCACGGAUCCUAAGGAAGCUGAAAGAGUCUCGAGGGUCAAAGGUGCUAAAGCUGUAUACGCCUGGGACGCAUCCACCCUUCAUCCUUGGAAGCUGGUCGCUUAUAUAAUUGAAAGAUGUUUGAAAUUGGGAUUAAAUCUUCAAACCUUGACACCUGUAUCAUCCGUUACCGAAUCAUCUAAGAAGGAUUGUUGGUCAAUCCAAACUGAAAGAGGAUCGGUCGAAACGUCAAAUGUGAUACAUACAACAAACGCAUACGCUGGAUCUUUAUUACCUGAGUUAAAUCAAAGUAUAAUACCAAUACCACAUAUGUGUAAUUUAGUUUAUCCACCUUCGACACAUUCAGGUUCUAAAGCAUUGACGAAUUCCUAUGCUGUCAUAUACAAAAAUGGACUAUAUUCUGUAAACCCCAGAAAUACAUCAGAUGGAUGUAUUCUAUUUGGUGGGGUUCAACCUAAUCAACAUCAAUUGGAAAAAUACGUUUCGGAAGAUCCAAAAAGAAAAACAGAUGAUAGUUUACAGGACUUCAAACCUAUCACUGAAUCAGUUAAGUUUUUAGGUAAACAUGGAUUCGCAUGGGAUGAAUCAAAGCCCGAAGUAGGAUUUGGAGUCAGAUACGAUCGCUCAUGGAGUGGUAUCAUUGGUCUGAGUGCAGAUGAAGUACCCUUUGUAGGUCCUGUGCCAGGUAAAAAAGGUCAAUGGAUGAGUUGCGGUCAUAAUGGUCAUGGAAUGGCUCGUAUAUUCACUUGCUCAAAGGGUUUAGCACAAUUGGUACAAGGUUCUACAUGGUCACAGACUGGUUUACCAGAAUGUUUCCAAGUGACUUCUGAAAGAAUAGGUACAAGGUCGAAAUUGUAA